UGUAGCCUUAUAUGGAUACGUUUUCAACAUGCCACCUGUGCUUAUCUCAGCAAGGGAGUGAUCAAGUCACAGCUGAGAUCUGCAGACUUUACAGUCUGUGAUUGGUUUCUUAUAGGGAAGGAAAGACUCUGUCCAGCCAACACCCAAUGCUUGCUGCACACCCCGUACUACUGCCCCUUCCUUGGUUAUAAGCAAGAGAUCGACACAGGUGGGAAAUACCAAGAAGAAAAAACCCAGCACCAGCAAUGGCCAGUGGGAAUGAAAGGUUUGAGUCAAAGAGAUGCAACAGGACAGAACAAAUCACCCACAAACGAAGGAAUGAAGACCUCCUGACAUUCUACCUGCGUCAUCAGGAUGCAAUAAGUAGUCCCUGUGCAUGCCACCAAAGCAACAUUUUCACUCUGCCAUGUUCUGACGCUAUGAGGAGAGACAUCCAAGUGCUUCAGAAGUUCAUCAGAAAGUACGAGCCCCAUGGAGCUGUUGUUACCAAAGAAGAAGUUGUUAUUGUCAGUGAAGACACUGAUGUUUGCAGACAAACAUCAUCAAAGAACUCCAGCAAAGCUGCAACCCUAAUGGAAGAGCACAGGGUAGAAGCAGGAAGCAGAGGCUGCCCAGACUCCCAUAGCAUAGAUCUUGGGGAGCCUCCACGAGGCAGGCCACGGUCACAGCCUCCAGCUUCAAGGGACCAAAAGGAACCAAAGAAUUUAGGUCUUCCCCCUGAUGAUUUCAGCAAGAAGGUCUAUGGGCUGGCAGCCACUUAUCUCAUGAUAGCAGUGGGAUUUCUAGGCUGGUCCAGGCUACGGCUCCAGCUGGGGAACUAUUACUGGCUAUUCCUCACUUUUGUGAUGUGCAUUGCUCUUAUCCUCCUGAGCUCUGCAGCCAGCCAAAUGGGUUCCGUGAAUGCCUUUUACAGCUUGAUAGUGACAGCAAUUGGAAGUGCAAUACUUGGAAUUAUUUCAGACUCCUAUGAGUCAGUGACAGUAAUGUUAGUUGGAGGAAUAACUGCAGCUGCAACCCUGUUACUGUAUUUAUUUGCUCGGAAGACAAAUAAACCCCUAAUGAACUUCACCAUAUCGAGCAGUUUGAGCAUCCUGUGGGUUGCUGGGGCAAUUGCCUGUGUCAUUAUAAACUCCUAUGUAAGUACCUUACUGGAUUGUGCUUGCUGGAUGCACUGACAUGAGUCAGUCUGUGUCCUGCAGCACCUGUAACCAC